CCAGGAUCUUCAGUGUGGCACUGGUUGUGGGGUCCCCUCUGUCUCCAGCGCUUAAACCAGGCUGAUAGACAGAGCUGUGGCUAACCAAAAGACGGGGAAUGGAGGUGCCUCUUGUUAACUUUGAGAACAUGGAUGAUGUUGGCAUCAACCUGGGAGACCCGAAUGACUCGGGGUAUCCGACUUCACCCACAUCAGAGGCUCCCGAUCAGAAUCUUUUACCCCACCGUUUAAGUUCUCCUCAUCAGUCGCCACACAGAGGACGACGUCGCCAUCAGUCUGGCCAAGAAGGGCUGUCACCAUCUACUCCUCCAACCCUGACCACCAAGGCAAACUCCAGCAGCUGCAGCUUACUCUCCAAUCUAAAGCUCCUGGUCAACAGUGAGUCUCCCACUGACAGCGUCUUUAGUAAAAUGGCAAAGGAUUGCUACGAGAAUGAAGAUUUGUUUGAAAAGCACUUCAUGGAGGAAAAAGAUGAGAAGGUUGUCAUCAAUAUCUCAGGCCUGAUGUUCGAGACCCAGCUCAGCACCUUGAACAAGUUUCCAGAGACACUUCUCGGUGACCCCAUGAAGAGGAUUACCUACUUUGACCCAAUGAAAAACGAGUACUUUUUUGACAGAAACCGCCCAUCUUUUGAUGGUAUUCUGUACUACUACCAGUCAGGAGGAAGACUUCGCAGGCCCGCCAAUGUUCCUUUGGAUGUUUUUGCAAAUGAAAUUGUUUUCUAUGAGUUGGGUCAUGAAGCGAUGGAGCAGUUCCGUGAAGACGAAGGGUUUAUCAAAGAGCCAGAGGUCCUUUUACCCACCAACGAACUCCAACGACAAUUCUGGCUUCUGUUUGAAUACCCAGAAAGCUCCAGUGCUGCCAAAUCCGUCGCUCUGGUUUCUGUCCUCGUCAUUGUCAUUUCCAUCUUUAUCUUCUGCUUAGAGACCCUGCCAGAGUUCAGGGAGGAUCAUGACUUUGUCCCGGGUUUAACUGAACUCAUCAAUGGGACCAAAGAUGGUUCUGCUCCUCGUCCUGCUGCUAAAGACGUGAUGGCGUACAUCACAGACCCCUUUUUUAUUGUGGAGACUAUUUGCAUUAUUUGGUUCUGCUUUGAAGUCGGUGUCCGUUUUGUGGUAUGCCCAAGCAAGAGAGAUUUCUUCAAUAACAUCAUGAAUACCAUCGACAUAGUCUCUAUAAUUCCCUACUUUGUAACCCUGGGAACAGAGCUGGCCACGACCCCUGAUGACGACAUGAACUCAAGUCAGAACAUGUCCCUGGCAAUCCUAAGAAUCAUACGUCUGGUUAGAGUUUUCAGAAUUUUUAAGCUCUCCCGACACUCAAAAGGACUUCAAAUCUUGGGGCAGACCUUGAAAGCCAGUAUGAGGGAACUUGGACUGCUUAUCUUCUUCCUUUUUAUAGGGGUCAUCCUAUUCUCUAGUGCCAUCUACUUUGCUGAAGUGGAUGAACCCCAGACACAGUUUGUAAGCAUCCCUGAUGGCUUCUGGUGGGCUGUGGUGACAAUGACCACUGUGGGAUAUGGAGACAUGUGCCCAAUCACAAUGGGAGGCAAAAUGGUUGGCACCCUCUGUGCCAUUGCUGGAGUCCUGACCAUUGCCUUGCCUGUCCCGGUCAUCGUCUCCAACUUUAACUACUUUUACCACAGAGAAACUGAACAGGAGGAGAAACAGAUUAUGGAUGCAGCAGCUGAGGCUGCACAGAAGAUGUCAGCUGCUAACAAGUAUGGAAGCACACCUUCACUUAAUAAAAGUAAUGGCACCUGGCAGAACGAGAAAAACGGCAUGCACUGAUAGAGAAACUUAAGUAUUUAUUGAUGCUGCAUGCAUGGACAACAUGGACGAAUCAAACAUAUCCAGAAGUAAGAAGCGCUGGGUGAUCAGUCUGUCUUUCUCACUAUUUUGUACUCCAAACAUGGCAGGAUAUAUUGUUACAGUAUUAAAAAGGCACUGUUGGGUGAGACAGCCUUUAUACCAGUUGUCUGUCUGCUUGUGGAUGUGUCAAAAGUGCAAUUAACACAACUCACCAACUACUACUAUGUCAGUUCAUUUUCAUGACAACAAGUGAAAGGCAUAAUGGUCAUCUUUCAUCCAGUGAAAUUUGAAGAAAAUGGUGAUGGCUCAUUAGUACUAUAAACAUUUCACCUUGAAAAUGCAGAUCAUUACAGUAACUAUAACAGUGGUGUAGGCAGUGUAAGUUGUGAAUCUGAUCAAAAUGUCCUUGAGGUCUGUAUAACAGUAAGUUUAUCCCACAAAAGAAACCUUAAACGGUUCUGAUAAUUAUAGAAAAGUAAACUGGAAGCAUCCUCACAGCUCAUAUUACAUCACAGUUCCAUAUUAGUCCACACCUUGUCAUAUUCAGCGAAAUCUAGAUAGAACUUGGCAGGAUUUUCAAGGUCAGGCAACGUGUCCAGUGUAAGGCAAGAGGACGGCAACGCGCACAUUGUCUUAUCAGCAGAUCUAUAGUUGUGAAUGCUCAGGUAGCAGAGCUUCUCCUUAUGACACAGUGUAAUAAUAUCUGUGUGAUAAAUAGCUGUCACGUUUGCAUGUCUGCUAUUAAUCUCAUAGAUAAAAGUAGCAGAAAUAACUGAAACUUUGAAACUGUUAAACAUUUACUGUAGUAUAGUGAAUGUAGUAGUUGCAUGCAGCAGUCUCAGCUUUUGUAAUUAGAGGUUAUUUUAUAUCGACAAAGUUUUUUAUUAUGUUGCAUCUUUCACCAGAUUGAGCAGGUUUAGCUGUAUAAAACAUGCUACUAUAAUGUGAAUGUACCCUUUAAGAACCAUAUCAAUUCAUUGCACUUAACAUUUAUUUUCCCUUCAUAAUGCUGAAGCACUUUUGGAGCUAUAAAUAAUAGGCAGUUUUCAGGGGAAACACGUUAAUUAAAUUGUGUAAAAAAGUGAAAAAUACAUAUUUGUUAUCAGGCUUAGAAGGGGAGUAAUAAGAUGUUUGCACUCAUGUACUGUAUUUGCUCCAUUCACUUUUUUUCUCUCUCAUUAUAAUGCAUGGUGUAGUAUUAGUACGCCGAACUAAGGCUAAAAUCUAUCGGUAACUGAACAUUUGAAAUAUCAAAAUAUACAAUUGUAUUAAUCAUAAUCAUGUAGUGAUGAUCAUUAUAAUUGAGAUAGAGAAAGACAAUAUAUAGCGUGGAUUUAUGAAAUGAGGAAAACAUGAAUAGGUACAAUAUAUGCAUGCCACAUUCCAAUCUUGAAAAUGUACUGUAUGUGAGUUUAUUAUAUAUAUAAAUACAGCUUGUAUAGAAGUGGCAGUGGAUGUAGUUGUAACACAAUCAAUGCCUUUCUAAUAACCCUUCAAUAUGCAAUAAUGAUGAGAUGUGGGUGGAAAACGAAGUGUUGUGUUUUUCACCCACUGAAAGAGCAAUACUUUUAAUAAGUUAAUCAUAAAGCAAUAAGGUGACAUCAGUUGCUCACGUUGGUACUCAGCACUUUACUAAG